GACCGAUUCUUCUUCAUGUCUUACAGCCCUAGGAACCCCGAAAUACACGAAUAUUGGUAUUCAACAUGACACCAGCUCCAGGCAAACCCAUCGAGAGAACUGAAACGGCUGACGAAUAUGGCCGUCGCGAGAAGUGCUUCAGAAACCAUAGGCGACACCCAUUUACGUUCCAAUCCCAUGUGACAGACAUACAGAGCACAAGAGAGACUGCCGAAGCAGAUGGAUUUGUAUCCCAGCCGGGAUUGAAGAUGGUUCCUCUUCCAAACCCACAACUGACAGGAGAUGUAUUUGACCAGCAUCAACAUCACCGGGAGAAUCUCGAGAAGCUUCUCCACGAUUCUCCAUCAAAAAUUUCCCUAUCAGCUACCAACACUUUUACGAAAGAACUUUUUCUUCCUGUCGGCGAGCUGGACUUGGGGUCUUGUCAUGAGAGUGAUGUCCAAGAGUACCUACGCCAGGUUCAUACUAAGAGAUAUAGUGAUCCUUUCAAGCAAUGGAUCCCAUUCACUUGCACAAGGCCAGAUAGAGAUGAAAGCCUCAACUUUCCAACUGGUCUUACCCUGUUAUGGAAGCUUCUGCAUCGUGAACUUGACACAGAUAAACCUACCUUAUCGAAGGACGCUGUGAAUCUUGUGAGAGAACAAAGCAAAUCGCUGACAGUUUCCGAACAUGAGAUUUUGCCCCUAGAACAAACAAAAAUCAAGCCUUAUCAAUACAGCUGCCUGGAUCCUAUCUCGCCCCCCUUGUCUCCAGUUUCAGACGACACUGUACCGUUCAUUCCUGAUGGUGGUGCGGCGGUCGUUGAUCUUGUGUCAGAACCAAGCAGCCCUGACCGCACCGCGCUCGAGGCCAUUCAGCGUGACAUGGACUCAGACCCUAUUAUUUCGUCCACUUUCAUGACAUCACCAGCCGCAGGAGAAUUACCACAGCUCUUCCAAACAUGUCACACCCUGUUCCAAGAGGCCAAAGUCGAGGCUCCUGUCGUCUUUACUAGCUCUGAUACCCUAAGUGAAGCCAACGCGCUCACUGACAUCCACCUGCCUCUAAUUGGUGAUGACGACGAGAAUGUCUCCAAGUCGCUCCAGGAAACAGGGCAUUUUGAAGAUGCUUUCAUGACACUGCUUGAGGACCGGCAUUAUUAUGCUAACCAAUUGGUGAACCAAGAGAGUUUUCAUCCAGCUGACUCCCUAUGUCGUGCUCCCGUACCUCUGCUUGAUUUCGACAUCCCACCUCCUGAAUGGUCUCUUAGGAACUUCACCGCGAAGACUCAUUUUGCAUUCUUGAGAAAAAGUAUACCUCACUGUUUUAAUAUCUUGCCAAUUCCGCGGGAUCCAUCUUCAGAAUCUUCUCUCAGAUGGGCAGUUUUCCCGUUAGAGAAAAUGCGGCCAAUCAUGGUGGAUGAAAUUGCGGUGUCAGAUGAUAUAAUUGCAAAAUAUCUUUCUCUCGAUUCCACCUCUCUCUUAAGUAGUCUUGAUUUCGUUUCGAUAAAGCCAAGUCUGGAUGUCCUAUAUAUUCAACACGACGAAGAAAUCGAAUCGGUAUUCUUAUUGAACGACGAAGCGGACGAAGCGCCCCCUACUAGCACCCAGCAUCAUGAGGGCCCUAAUUGGAUGAACUUGGAGCAAGGAAACGAGAGAAGCGUCUCGGAAAUUAGGGAUUCUCAUAAAGUCAAUCGGCCAACUCGUAGGAAACUCGACGACGAUGGCCCAAGACUAUUACCAAAGUCUUAUGACACGAGUGCCACGAGCAUCCUCCUCCACAACUUUAUGGAACUAAGGGGCAUGAAAAGACCGCGCCUCAGUACAGAGCCCGCUGGAAUGAGUCAAUGUACAGGUACUUUGCCGUCUAUCCCUGGCAACGAAGCAUCUGCAGCCAACGACCGCGAAAUAGUACCUCUCCAGAUGACUGAAGAGAUGCCUCCCGCGCCGAUUCCCAACAUUGAGAUACCAUCCGAGAAGUCGUCUUUUAUCAUUUCUGUUGAUCUUGCUAGGCCAAUAUUGAGACGAUUAGAGAGUAUGUGGGCUCCCGAGAAGUUAAUCGACGUUGACUUUUCGCGUCACAACACUACCGCCAGGUUACCGGGCGUUACUCAGCCCAAAGAGGCUGUCUCGCCUUUGAGUUUUGAAGCUGAUAUAUCCCUUUCGCCUGGAACAGGAAUCAUCAUCACGAAUCUUCUCAAGGUCAGGCAACGUUCCCUUCCAGGCUCUCAGUCUCAAACUCCACUACGGGAGCGUGUGCAGAAAGUGAGCCAGAGAUAUGAAACUCUGAUUGUCUUAGUAUCAGAAUCGCAGCCCAAGGGAGAGUUUAUGGGAACAAUGGCUCCGUCGGAUACAGCCGCUUAUGCUGAGUUUUUGAGCUUCGCAGUUGCACUAGACGGGGAUGUCGAUGUACACUUUAUCCCAGGAGCAACAGAGACAAUGGCCUCGUGGGUUUUGGCUUUUAUGUGUCAAUAUUCCUCAAGAUUCGAAGCGCUAUCAAGGUUUUUGUCUUCUGAAGAAACUCCGUGGGAAUUAUUCCUCAGGAGAGCGGGCAUGAAUGUAAAUGCUGCCAAGGCGCUUUCCAAAACGCUUUUCGAACAGGGUGGAGCGUCGGGAUUGGCCGUGUUUCUCAACAUGUCAGUGCCAGAACGAGUUGCCAGAUUUGGACCAUUGCUUGGUGGAGAAAAAGGGUUGCUCCUGACAGCAAAAGCAAUAGAUCGAAGAUGGGGAGACCAGCCUCCUCAGCAUAUUCCUUUCGGACGGUAGACCUUGGU